CAUGGAGGCAAUCAAAAUAUCAACACGUCCUCAACUUCUUCAUUCUCAACAAGGUCUAAAAGAAAUGGAUCUAAUCUGAAACAUCAGCAUGACAUUUUGAGUACUUCCUGCCAAGAUUUGGGUCACAAAAAAUAGCUUUUUUCAACUUGUUUGAAGUGGUGGGACCUUCCCUUGCAGAGACUGGAGAGGGAAAUUGGGGCAGGUUUUAAAUGCUACCUCCUUCAACACCGCAAUCACAUUAUUGCUGGCUGAUCUGAGAAGCACAUGGGAUAAAGAGAAAAGUAAGUCUCCUCUCUCAUCCUCUCUCUUUGUCUGUCAUAAAAGCUACACAGAGAUUACAUUACAUUUAUUUGGCAGAUGCUUUUAUCCAAAGCGACAUACAAAAAGUAAAUUUCAUGGUCAUGGACAACACAGGUUCAAUAAGAUACAAUACUUAUUUUGUACAGCUAUUUCUAGCCAAGAACACAGUUUAGUUCACACAACAGUCUGAAGAGAUGAGUCUUCAGACCACGGCGGAAGAUGGGUAGUGAGGGAGAGGUUCGAAGAGGGACAGGGAGUUUGUUCCACCACUGGGGAGCUAGGGUGGAGAAGCUCUGUGAUCCCUAGAGAUUAUUUAUAACUGUUAAGCCAACUAUUAUGCUGUUCCAUUUCUUCCCAGCAAUUAGAAUUUCACAUAACCCCACAUACAAAAAAAAAAACAAUGUUGUAUUUUUUGUGUGGGGUUAUGUUAAAUUCACUCAGUGUUACUUCACCAAUGUUCAAAGUAAAAAGGUUAUAGUGAAACCAUUAUAGGGGCUUUCCAAAGGAAUAUCCCAUUCGUACCAUUCAGUAAUUCCCAGGCUGAAUCAUGUGGAUGCAUCCAUUUAUAUUUUGUGACAUCUUUGCAGUGUUGUACCAUUAGAGAGCUUCAAAAAUGGACAUGGCUCUAAAGCUUAAGUGAUUUACACCACUGUUUUAAAACUCUUUUGGAGUAAAGUGGCUGCUUUCCUGUAGGGAGUGUGCAGCUGUCCAGAUGUGUUUCAGGCACAUUCUAUGAGAACAUGACAAAUGGACUGCAAGAAAAAAGCAAACUUCAGAGGACACCAGAACAGUAACAUUCCUAUUUGCAAAACUUACCGUCUGUACACUUUGGUUCAAAUGUUUAAAGUACAGUGGGGGUGAUGUGUAAGGGGAAACAGAGUAUGGAAAUUGUCUGCUGGACCCCUGAACCACUAGUUUCAGUAAUAACAGUCAUGUAAAUUGUCUCUUUUUUACUUUAAAUUUACAUUUUAAAAGGUUUCACAUUUCUCAUUGUAAACUGGUGAUUAAAACAAAAAGUGGGCUGAGUUAACUAGACCACUGUGACCGAGAAGGUGCCUGUUAAUGUGGGACACUUAAGAUUUUGCAUUAGCAGAAAGACCACAAAUGUAGGUCAUUACAUUUAAAAGUUCAAAAGAAGUUUCCACACUGAAAAUGAAUGAAUAACAGGCAAAGAGCUUGAUUUGUUUUUCUUGCACGAACAUGAGUGCUUGGGCCAGUUUUUGUUGAAACAUAGAAGUGUGAAGAUGGACAAAGGAAUACUUUCAUUGCCAGCUGAGCACACAAGCAAAUCUCCCUUCUUUUCUUUUUUUUUUUACUACAUAAAACAAACAAAAAUGAUCCAUAAGACAAAGAGGAACCAUAAUACCAAACAGACAGGAUCUAGUAAGAGACAACCACAGACAGGGAUUUAACUAAUGCUAUUAGAUAAACUGAGAUCUACUACUGACUAUUUUUUUAAAUUGUAGUCAUAGAUAUUUUCUUGAAUGGUUUGGUAUGGUUGAGUGCGUUCAGAAGCUUUUGGGGGAAAUAAUUGUAUUUGAGGUGAAAUUGUGGAAUUAGUGGGAUUAGAGGAAUUAGCUCAGUGGCACAUGUAGAGAAACACUGAAUGAUGUCCAGAUUUCAUCAAAUAGCUUUAUUUGAUUUUUGGAAAGGGUUGCUAUUAUUAUUUUUUUCCAUUGAGAUGUGUUCAACAAAUUUAACAAUUGAGAUGUAUUGACUUUAUCUUUGCUUUUCCAGUCAAAGAAUAUUUUACACAUGCAGACCAUGAUUACCUCAAAUUACUCUUAUUGUCAUCCUCAUCAUUGGUAUCAUCUUCAUCAUCACAUCAUUUCUGUUGGAUCUUCAAGACCACUUCAUGGUUCUGGUUUUAAAUUCAUGAUAUGAUAGGAGCUUUCAAGUGAAUGACAUGGCUUUCUGCAGGAAAGUGUGGGAUAUAUUGUUUGUUAACCUUCUCUGCUGGAAAAUUGGAUCUUCCAUGCAAGUGAUUUGUAGCGGAGUCCUUCAGGUGGAACCUGGUAUUGUGGUGUACAUGGGCUCUGAGCUGACUGUCCUCUGUCGCUCAUAUGUGGAGCGCUGCGGCAGGCACUUCUCCAUUUAUCUCAACCGCCAGCUCCAGGGCCCCCUAGAGGUGAUCAACUGCACCACAGUGAGCCUGCGACUGGCUAACGUUGUGCCCAAUGCUCAGCUGGUCUGCAGAGUGAGCCAGGACAAAAUGCAGCAGACCGUGUGCGGAACGGUCCUCCAGCCUGGCUUUCCUCCAGAGAAGCCUACUGGACUGAGAUGUUUUGCACAGAAGGAUUCAGAAAAUGCCAGCUGCACUUGGAACAAAGGAAGGGAAACCCACCUCCUCACCAAAAAUGUUGCUACAUUUAAAUUCAAAAAUGGGACCCAAGCUUUCCAUCAACAGAGCUACAACAAGAGCUCUGUCUGUGUGCCACGGUCCUUGUUUGAUGGGGAUUUGGAGUUCAGUGUGAGAGCUCAGAAUGACCUGGGAGAGGCAGUGUCUGAUGUGAUCUCACUGUCAGUCAGAGACAUAAUUAUCCCCAGCACCCCUAAAAUCAUUAUGGUGGAGUUUGGGAAUAAUUCCCUGACGGCCACAUUACACUGGAACAUUUCGGAAUCAUCGGGGCUAUGGAGAGCCAGAGUCAGAAUCGGAGAUACCAGAAGACACACAGAAUUCUGGGGUCCUAGACAGGGUCCGGUGCAGCUGGAAGGCCUCAGACCCCUGUCCUGGUAUGAAUUCCAGAUUCAAGCCUGCUCCAUAGAAAAGAAGCCCAAGUGCAGCCAGUGGAGCUCCCCUGUACAGUACACAAGCCCAGGAACAGCACCUACUAAAAAAUUAGAUGUCUGGCGAAUACUCAGAAGUUUUCAAGAGAAUGGAACACGAAGUGUGACAGUUCUGUGGAAGCCUCUCAGGCCCGAGGACUGCGGAGAUGUGAUGGUGGGUCACGAGCUCGUUUACCAGGAGCGAGGGCGGAGGCAGGUGAUCACCUGCCCUGCCAAUGUCACAGAGAAAACGUUCCGCGUGUCACCUGACGUGAGCAGAAUCUUUGUCUACGCUGUCACAUCCACAGGGAAGUCCCCACCUGCUGCUCUGCACAUCUCAGAAGCAGGUCUCACCAUGCCUCAUGUGAGAGAUGUGGCUCCUGCACAUAAAGGCAGUGUUCUCCUGACCUGGGAUGCGUUUACGAGCCAUGAGAAUGUGUCAGCACUCGGCUAUGUUGUUCAGUGGCAGAGCCACUCUCAAGAUAUGCAAUGGAAGAGUCUAGCUGCUGCAGAUAGCUCUACCCUCAUUGAAGGUUUGGAACCAGGAGUAAGAUUCAACAUAUCCUUGUUUGCAAUAACAUCAGUGGGCAUAUCUGAUCCUGCCUUUCGCCAAGCCUAUUCUGAAGAAGAGAAACCACUCUCUGGGCCAAAAGUUUCAUUGCUGAAUUUCGAAGGAACCCAUAUACUAAUUCAGUGGGAGGAUCUUAGCCUGGAACAGAAGAGAGGUUUCAUCACUAACUAUACUGUCUAUGUGAGGAAACGCAACAAUGGACAACAAUUGACCCUGGGAGGCUCUAUGUCCAGACAAAUGUGGCUAAACCACCUGGACACGCCCUUUGACCUUCAUAUCUCUGCCUCCAACUCUGCUGGGGAGGGUCCUCUGGGGGAGGGGGUCUUCUGCCAGCUCCAACGCUCUCCAAAAGAUUGGUCAGAUGUUGGGCUUGGCCUUAUGAUUGCUGUCCCUCUGGUGAUUCUUGCCAACUUGAUGUGCUGGAAUUGUGUUCGGAGAAGUAUUACGAGGACAUGCACAAUGGUUGGACCCCAGUGGUUGUUUGAGAACUUCCCCAAAGUUGAAAACAGCACAGCCACCAAGCUACUGCAGGAGAAGGGAAGAAGUGACUCGGAGUCUUCCUGGAGGUCCAUGUAUGUUGAUCCCCCCUUUACUCCAGUGGAGAUCAUCCCAGCAGAGAGGACAGACUGGCACCCCCCUGCUGUGGGGCUCAAGAGUGCUGAUGUGGGUAUGGAAGGAGCGGUGUUACUAAGGAAACCAGAGACUGGUCCGCUCUUGGAAGAGGAUCAUGCAUACAAGCCCCAGAUCACCAGUGCAGCUCAAGAGGAGUUACCAGAGGAGGAGGAUAAUCCAUGGGUGACUCCCUUGCACACAGAGGUGACUCUAAUCCCGUGCCAGGAGGACACAGUGUGCAGUACGCAUGUGUCCGAGUUUCUGAGAGACUGGCUCUCUGACAUCACUCAGGACAGAUCUGGGGCAGGCCUGAACACCACGGGAGGCAUCCACUUCAAAGGCACACCCCUGAUUGUUCACACCACUGGGUCCUGGCCGGAGGAAGGGCUGACAGAGCUGGGCGACUGCCCCGAGGACAUCCACCUGGGGCAGACCUUACUGCCAGACCAACUGGUCAACUGCCUGAGAAGUCCUGCCAUUGACUUGUCUCCCACCACCUUCCUCAGGGAAUUACCCUGCAUGCCACACAGUACCACUACUGAGGAAUGUGUGUGAGUGAGUGUGUGUGUGUGUGUGUGUGUGUAUAUGUGCGUGUGUGUGUAUAUAUGUGUAUGUGCAUGUGUGUGUAUGUCUGUGUGUGUGUGUGUGUGUGUGUGUACGUGUGUGUGAGAGAGAGAGUGAGUGAAUGAGAUGGAAGGGGAAUAAUGACAUAGACUGCAAGCUUGCCAUGUAUGAGCAAGAAAAACCGUUGGAAACAAUGGUGAAACAUGCCAGUGAAACACCAAUACUUUUUGCCACUUUAAAUGCAUAUUUUUGCAAAUCAGCAUUAUCCAUAUUUCUAAUGGGAAACAAGGAUGAGUUCAUUAAUAUUUAAAAAGGUUUUUGUUAAAUAUUUUAAGUGGAAUAUACUAUUAUGUGCUAUUACUUUGUUAGUGGUAUGUUUGUGUGUCACAAGCCCUUUGAUUAAUUCUUAUAUCGUUUUACACUUGUUUACAAUCAGCAGGAAUUAAAAAAAAUAAUUUUCAGCUGUUCAGAACUGCUCGUUAGGCUGUUGUCAACUAGUUUAGAUCCAUCUGUCCAUCCUAUUUAUAUACAGGGGGACUAAAAGUUGUGUCCUCAGACUUUUAGUCCCCACUGUUCAUAGGUGGAUUUCUUGUGACUGAGUUGAAAUAAAGGAUUUAACCCCUUAAGUCAUGAUGACCCAUA